AUUCGUUCUAUUUCCCCGGUCAUUUUAAAAGGAUUUUCUGGUCUAUUAAGAUCAGCUAUUCUUCAAAAUGGCGAUCCAGAAAAAGCAUGGAAAAGGUCGUUUGGAUAAAUGGUAUCGACUUGCCAAAGAAAAGGGUUACAGAGCUCGUGCCGCGUUCAAGUUGAUCCAAUUGAACCAGAAGUAUGGAUUCUUGGAGAAAAGCAGAGUUUGUAUCGAUCUUUGCGCUGCGCCUGGUUCAUGGUGUCAAGUCGCUGCAGAGUACAUGCCUGCGCAGAGUCUCAUCAUUGGUGUCGAUCUCUCCCCCAUCAAACCAAUUCCUCGAGCCAUUACUUUCCAAAGCGAUAUCACAACGGACAAGUGUCGCGCAACGAUUCGAUCCCACAUCAAGCACUGGAAAGCAGAUGUCGUGCUUCACGAUGGUGCCCCCAACGUUGGUGCCGCGUGGGUUCAGGAUGCUUUCUCUCAGGCAGAACUAGUUUUGGAGUCCCUGCGACUGGCUACUGAUUUCUUGGGCGAGGGCGGAACUUUCGUUACCAAGGUCUUCCGGUCCAAGGAUUACAACCCCCUCUUGUGGGUUUUCAAGCAGCUGUUCAAUUCCGUCGAGGCAACCAAGCCUCCUUCGUCCCGAAAUGUCUCCGCCGAAAUUUUCGUCGUUUGCCGCGGCUUCAAGGCUCCCAAGCGCAUUGACCCGAAGUUCCUCGACCCGAAGCACGUCUUUGCUGAACUUUCCGCUCCCACUCCCAACUACGAAGCGAAGGUUUUCAACCCGGAAAAGAAGAAGCGCAAGCGUGAAGGUUACGAAGAAGGAGACUACACCCAACACAAGGAGCUUCCAGUGACGGAUUUCAUCAACACUACGGAUCCUAUCUCUAUCUUGGGUGCCUACAACAAACUCAGCUUCCAACAACCACCAGGUGGAGAUCUUGCGUUGUCCACACUAGACCGUUUGGAGGAAACAACAGAUGAGAUCCGAACUUGCUGUGAGGAUUUGAAGAUCCUAGGUAAAAAAGAGUUCCGCAACUUGCUCAGAUGGCGUAUCAAGUGUCGUGAGAAGUUCGGACUUGUCAUCAAAAAGAAGCCAACCCAAGAAGGCCAGGCAGAAGAAGUGGCCGAGGUGGCCCCUAUGGACGAAGAACUGCAGAUCCAGGAAGACUUGAUCCGCAUGCGAGAGGCGCAGACCGCCAAAGGCAAGAAGGAAAGGCGCAAGGAGAAUGAAAAGAAGCGCAAGGAUAUCAUUCGAAUGCAGAUGAACAUGACCACCCCCAUGGAAAUCGGUAUGGAGCAGCUUGGUAUGGGAGGCGACGACUCCACGUUCACUUUGAGACGCGUCGACCGGGAGAAUGCCAGAGAUGCCGUUGUCAAUGCUCGUGAUCUUCCCGCCGAGAGCGGAAGUGAAAACGAAGAUGAGUCUGAAACCGAAGAGAGCGACGACGAGGAGGACCGCCUCGAAAGGGAGCUCGACCAGAUGUACGAACAGUACACCGGCCGCAUGGAAGACAAAGAUUCGAAGCUGCGUGCUAAAAAGACACGCAAGCAAUACGAGGUUGACGAGUGGGAGGGCUUUUCCGACAGAGAGAAAGGCAGCGAUGAUGAAGAAGAGGAGGAGGAUUCCGAUGAAGAAACCGCUACUACAGAUCAAGCACUUGAGGCUAAGAAACUCUCAAACAAUGCCUCCAUGUUCUUCGAUCAAGAUAUUUUCGAGGGGCUAGAAGAGGGCGAGGAGAAUGAAGAGGAGGCUGAGGAAGACGAGGCCGAGGAGGAGGAAGAAAGCGACAACAUCUUUGCAAUGGAUGAAGAUGAGGAGAAAGAGGAGAAGACCCCUGCCCCCAAGCAAAAGAACAACAAGGACGCAAAGAAGAACGGAAAGAAGACCUCUGAGUGGGUCAAUGAGUCCGAUGAGAGCGAGGCAGAAGAGGCUGAAGGAAAAGACCCACUAAAAGCAAAUGGCCAGCUGGACAUCGACAUCAUUACCGCAGAAGCCAUGGCCCUUGCGCAGUCAAUGGCUACUGGAGAAAAGAGGUCGACUGACAUUGUCGACGAUGGCUUCAACCGAUUUGCCUUCCGUGACGUGGACGGCCUUCCCGAGUGGUUCCUCGAUGAUGAGGGCAAGCACAGCAAGCCAGUCCGGCCCAUCACUAAGGCUGCCGCGGCUGCUAUCAGAGAAAAGAUGCGUGCCAUCAAUGCACGCCCGAUCAAGAAGGUGAUGGAGGCCCAGGGUCGCAAGAAGUACAAGGCGGCUCAAAGACUAGAGAAACUGCGCAAGAAGUCAGCACUUCUGGCAGAGGACGAUGCUCUCAGUGAGCGGGACAAGGCUGGCGCCAUCGCAAGACUGAUGAGCAGGGCAACCAAGAAGAAGCCCAAGCAAGAAGUCAAGCUCGUGGUUGCCAAGGGCCCCAAUCGUGGUAUCUCUGGUCGUCCUAAGGGUGUCAAGGGCAAGUACAAGAUUGUCGAUGCUCGUAUGAAGAAAGAUGUUCGCGCGGAGAAGAGACUGGCAAAGAAGAAGUCUAAGAAAUAGAGAGAG